AUUACCGCUAAAACUUCCUCGUUACUCAUUACUCAACUCCCACACAUUUUAUUUUCCUCCAAAAAUUUCAAAUAACUCCCGCGUCUUUCUUUUCCUCAUCCCCUCCUUUUCUUUCUUUCCCUCUUCCCAUAAACCUCCACAUUUUCCUCUCACUCACUCCUAUCUGAAAACUUCAACUGCUCUGAGCUCUCUAGACCCAAAAAAACCUACUUGAAGAAAUGGGAAAUAGAUCGAGAGCUAAAAAAGCUGAGAGUUUUGGAAAGGGAAAAGUGACCCCUCUCCAAGUCGCAUUCAUCGUGGAUCGCUAUCUCUGCGACAACAACUACUCCCAAACUCGCUCCAGUUUCAGAACCGAAGCUUCUUCUCUCAUCUCCACAUCCCCAGUUCAAGAGGCACCGAAGAGCUUGUUGACUUUGGGGGCGAUGUUGAAUGAGUACAUUAGUUUGAAGGAGCAGAAGGUGAUGUUGGAGCAAGAAAGGGCUCGAUUGGAUCAAGAGAAAUCUCGGGUUCAAACGCUAUUGCACGGUAUGCAAUCCGCCAUGAACACUUACAAUGCAAGCGGAAGCCUCCCAUCGCUGCCACCGAAUAUGGCCGCUGACACCACGAGAUCUGCUGUUGUGGUGGCUCCACAACCAGUCCAAGCUAGUACUUCAGGCUGGCCAGUGCAAAAUACACCGACUGUUAAACCAGUGUCCACUCCUUCCAACGCCAUUAUGAAUCCUGGGACUUUAUACACACCAAUCACAGAUCCAUCUGCACAAAAAAGAAAGGAUGUUAGGGUUGCAACAGAUGCACCUCUAGCUGCAAAGAGAUCUCGUUGUGACUUACCCACCAGAAAGCUUCCAAACAGAGGUGCAAAUACACUUUCACAAUCAGUUAAUACAGUUGAUUGUCAGGAAAUUGCUCAGCCUUCUAGUGCAAUGCAACCAUCGCCUGAUAACUAUCAUCCUGUAGGGCCGUUGGUUCAAGGAUCUAGUGUUGCCAAAUGUUUGUUCAACCAGCCUUCGCUCUCCAUUCCAAGCAAUUCAUCUGGUCCUAAGACACCUGCAAGAGCAAACUCUAGUCAAAGUGAUAAAUCCACAUCUCCUCUGGAGAUUUCUUCCAGUGUCAAUUGUAGUAACAGCAAUACUCCUCAAGAGGUUACCCCAACUCGUUGCACUGUAAUCUCAUCAAAAAGAGUUACUGUGAGUCCAAACAAACAAGUAAUGUACGCUAUGGAGAGGAGCCAUUGCAUUUCCUCUUCCUCACCAAUUAAGACAAAUUUGAAGAGACAGAGUAAGAGGGAUCAUGUUAAAGGAAGGCUAGAUUUUGAUGGAUCUGAUGUGGUAACAAACUCAGACAAACCUAUUGCUGAUGAAAUUUCUACACCAGAGUCUGGAAAGGAAGUGGACAUUUUUGAUAUUGAUUUGUCUAAUUUAGAUGCAUUUGGAGAUUUCUCCUUCACUGAAAUGUUAGAUGAUCUUGAUCUUGACUGUGAAGGAAUUAAUUAUACUUGCAAUCCAUCCCUGGGUUCUUCGAUUGACACUGUUUCAGGAUCAUCAUCUCAUGAAUCGGUGGAUGGUAAUGUGGGGGCUAAUCAAGUUAUGUCAGAAUAUACAUCAACUGUGACUGAAGUACUAUCAGAGAAAGGCAUGAAUAUGAAUGGCUCGGAUUCUCUGACUGCAGUGAAGUCCAUAACAAAAUGCAUACGGAUUUUAAGCCCUGCAAAAAGUUGUAGGAGUAAUUUGGAUCGGGAUAAUUGCUUUGCAAGAAACUGACUGGUUGAAGGAAUGACUCUUAAGCUGACAUAGAGGUUG